GUUGGAGGCUGACCUUGUCCAGAUCCAAGGUGAAGUGGAAGAUGCUGUCCAGGAAGCAAGAAAUACUGAAGAAAAGGCCAAGAAGGCCAUUACUGAUGCCGAUAGGAUGGCAGAAGAGCUGAAAAAAGAGCAGGACACCAGUGCUCAUUUGGAGAGGAUGAAGAAGAACCUGGAGGUGACAGUGAAGGACCUGCAGCACCGCCUGGAUGAAGCUGAGAAUCUGGCGUGGAAGGGCGGAAAGAAGCAGCUUCAUAAACUGGAGGCAAGAGUCCGAGAGCUUGAGUGUGACGUUGAGGCCGAGCAGAGACUUGGAGCUGAAACUGUGAAAGGCAUCCACAAACAUGAACGCAGGGUAAAGGAACUGACUUACCAGACAGAGGAAGACAAGAAGAAUAUUGCCCGACCAGAUCUGAUGGACAAGCUGCAGCUAAAAGUGAAAUCCUAUAAGAGGAAGUCUGAGGAAGCUGAGGAGCAGGCCAACACUCACCUGUCCAGGUACAGGAAGGUGCAGCACGAGAUGAAGGAGGCUCAGGAGAGAGAUGACAUCGCUGAGUCUCAGGUCAACAAGCUGCGAGCCAAAAAGCCGUAAGAUCGUCAGGGGAAAGGAGGCCAAAGAUUGAGCAUCAGUCUAGGCACAGUACAAGAAGCCAUACAAUAUGAUCUUUUUGUUGGAUGUUUCAAAUGUGUAAGACAUA